AUGCGCUUUGAGGCGGAGCUCAUACAGGCCGCUCUGGGCGGGUCUGGGCAGCGCCAGCGUUUUGGGGCCUAGGAGCCGUGGGAGGAGCCGGCGGCUUCACCCUGGUAACCAGAGCGCUGUAGCUGCCCCGCCUUGCAGGCCUCAGGACUGUCAUCGCCUUUGGGUGUGGGGUACUUUGGCCAGCGUCCCCGGAAAUAGCCCCGCCGGCCUCUCUCAGACACCCCCAUCCUCCCCACGCCGCCGUCGCCGCCGCCAUGCAGGGGGAGGACGCCAGAUACCUCAAAAGGAAAGUUAAAGGAGGAAAUAUUGAUGUACAUCCAUCAGAAAAAGCACUCAUUGUUCAAUAUGAAGUGGAAGCUACCAUUCUUGGAGAAAUGGGGGAUCCCAUGUUGGGAGAACGAAAGGAAUGCCAAAAAAUCAUUCGUCUUAAGAGUCUCAAUGCCAACACAGAUAUAACUUCCCUGGCACGAAAGGUGGUUGAAGAAUGUAAACUCAUUCAUCCCUCAAAGCUAAAUGAGGUAGAACAGCUGUUGUACUAUCUCCAGAACCGCCGUGAUUCAGUGUCAGGAAAAGAAAAAAAAGAAAAAUCAAGCAAGCCUAAAGAUCCACCUCCUUUUGAAGGAAUGGAGAUUGAUGAAGUUGCUAACAUUAAUGACAUGGAUGAGUACAUUGAGUUAUUAUAUGAAGAUAUUCCUGACAAGGUUCGGGGUUCUGCUUUGAUCCUACAGCUUGCUCGAAAUCCUGAUAACUUGGAAGAACUACUAUUGAAUGAAACUGCCCUUGGUGCAUUAGCAAGAGUCCUCAGAGAAGACUGGAAGCAAAGUGUUGAGUUAGCUACAAACAUAAUAUACAUCUUUUUUUGCUUUUCCAGCUUUUCUCAGUUUCAUGGACUUAUCACUCACUAUAAAAUUGGAGCUCUGUGUAUGAAUAUCAUUGAUCAUGAAUUAAAAAGACAUGAGCUUUGGCAAGAAGAACUUUCUAAGAAGAAGAAAACUGUUGAUGAAGACCCUGAAAACCAAACCUUGAGAAAAGAUUAUGAAAAAACCUUUAAAAAAUACCAGGGGCUUGUGGUAAAACAGGAACAGCUCUUACGAGUUGCUCUUUAUUUGCUUCUGAAUCUUGCUGAGGAUACACGUACAGAGCUGAAGAUGAGGAACAAGAACAUAGUUCACAUGCUGGUGAAGGCUCUUGAUCGGGACAAUUUUGAGCUGCUUAUUCUAGUUGUGUCAUUUUUGAAGAAACUCAGCAUUUUUAUGGAGAAUAAAAAUGAUAUGGUGGAAAUGGAUAUUGUUGAAAAACUGGUAAAAAUGAUACCUUGUGAGCAUGAAGAUCUGCUGAAUAUCACCCUCCGACUUCUACUGAACCUAUCCUUUGACACAGGACUGAGGAAUAAGAUGGUACAAGUUGGGCUGCUUCCCAAACUCACUGCACUCUUAGGCAAUGAAAACUACAAACAAAUAGCAAUGUGUGUUCUUUACCACAUAAGCAUGGAUGACCGCUUUAAAUCAAUGUUUGCAUACACUGACUGUAUACCACAAUUAAUGAAGAUGCUCUUUGAAUGUUCGGAUGAACGAAUUGACUUGGAACUCAUUUCUUUCUGCAUUAAUCUAGCUGCUAACAAAAGGAACGUACAGCUUAUCUGUGAAGGAAAUGGGCUGAAGAUGCUCAUGAAGAGGGCUCUGAAGUUCAAGGAUCCAUUGCUGAUGAAAAUGAUUAGGAACAUUUCCCAGCAUGAUGGACCAACUAAAAAUUUAUUUAUUGAUUAUGUUGGGGACCUUGCAGCUCAAAUCUCUAAUGAUGAAGAGGAGGAGUUUGUGAUUGAAUGUUUAGGAACUCUUGCAAAUUUGACCAUUCCAGACUUAGACUGGGAAUUGGUUCUUAAGGAGUAUAAGCUGGUUCCGUACCUCAAGGAUAAACUCAAACCAGGUGCUGCAGAAGAUGACCUUGUUUUAGAAGUGGUUAUAAUGAUUGGAACUGUAUCUAUGGAUGACUCUUGUGCUGCAUUGCUAGCCAAAUCUGGGAUAAUCCCUGCACUUAUUGAGUUGCUAAAUGCUCAACAAGAAGAUGAUGAAUUUGUGUGUCAGAUAAUUUAUGUCUUCUACCAAAUGGUUUUCCACCAAGCCACAAGAGAUGUCAUAAUCAAGGAAACACAGGCUCCAGCAUACCUCAUAGAUCUGAUGCAUGAUAAAAAUAAUGAAAUCCGAAAAGUCUGCGAUAAUACAUUAGAUAUUAUAGCGGAAUAUGAUGAAGAAUGGGCUAAGAAAAUUCAGAGUGAAAAGUUUCGUUGGCAUAACUCUCAGUGGCUGGAGAUGGUAGAGAGUCGUCAGAUGGAUGAGAGUGAGCAGUACUUGUAUGGUGAUGAUCGAAUUGAGCCAUACAUCCAUGAAGGAGACAUUCUUGAGAGACCUGACCUUUUCUACAGCUCAGAUGGAUUAGUUGCCUCUGAAGGAGCCAUGAGUCCAGAUUUCUUCAAUGAUUAUCACCUUCAAAAUGGAGAUGUAGCUGGGCAGCAUUCAUUUCCUGGCAGCACUUUUCACCCAAGGAUUUCAAAGGGCUUUACAAAUAUGCACUAAUUAAGCCUCACAAACAGCCAGAGCCUUGGAAUGGAUGGCUUUGGCCAAUCGGUUGGCAUUCUUGGACGCCCUGCCACAGCUUAUGGAUUCCGCCCUGAUGAACCUUACUACUAUGGCUAUGGAUCUCGAUAAAGUCAUCCCUCUCCAUCUGUGCUCUCAGCUUAGAAGAGAUCUGUGUGGGUUGGGUUAACUUUGAAUCUUGGCCUAAUAAUGCAUGUUGAUACUAUUGCGGGUCUGUGUUUCUUUUUACUUUUCCAUACUGUUAGCUGCAGGUUAACUUCGACCCCUUCCGUCCUGUGUUAAGUACAGUUGAUGCUUGACACUGUUCACUCAUCAAACCACAUCCUGAUGCCGAAUAAUAUUUACCAUGAGACUCAAAAGUGAAUGCUGAAAAGCAACUAGACUGGAAAACAAACACUACAUUAUGUACAUUAAUUGACUAAUUUAAUUUCUAUUAAAAAGAAGCAUAAAGUACAAAUGAAUUAGCAAAAGUCAUGUGUUUCUAUUUAAUGUGUUUUAUUAGGAGUUACAUGCUUAUGUAGAGUGCAUAUAAUUUUUUUUUCCUGUCCUUUUUUUCCCCUUAUAAACGCUUAAGUAUUUCACGUGA